CCGGGACAGGCGACCCGUGCACGGCUCCGAGAGGCGGAAGAUCCCGCUCACCUGCUCCGCUCUUCAGUGCGUUCACCUCACGGCACGCUAGACGUUUCUAUCUGGACGUUUCUAUCCGGUUUCAAGUCUUUUUUUUUAUUUUGCUACCAAACUACUGUAGUAACUCAUGACUUUGGAGCUGGCAGGAAGUCACGUGAAAUAAGAAAAAAAAAAUCAUUUAUGCUCCAAUUUAGCUUCAUAAUUAUUUUUGUUUAUUUUUUAAUCACGUGACGCCAAAUUUCAAUCAGUUGAGUUUUAUUAAAAAGGAAAAAAAACGGACGGCGCACCUGACCUCUGAUGACGUCACGCGUCUGCGUCCAGACGGCUGAUGCUGUGAGAGGAGGACGAGGAUGAGGAGGAUGAAGGUGGAUAGGAGCCACCUGCUGAGUCUGUCCAGAGAAGGAACCUGUGGAAAGUUCCAGAAAGAGGGAAUGCUGCAGGUCGGCCGUGAGGGGACAGGACUGGCUCCGAGGUUCUGUCGUCUGCGAGGAAACCUGCUGUUCAUCCUGAAGUCGCAGAGCGGCGAGACGAAGGAGGUUCUGCUGCUGGAGAGAUGUAACGUCGUGAAGGUUCCACACAGCAGCAGACGGCUGACUGUCAGCUUCGAGGGCGGCGACCCCCCGCUGGUCCUGCAGUGCGGCAGCUCGGCCGAGUGCACGGCGUGGCUCCGAGCACUGACCGACGCCAACGUGGAGACGCUGAGGGGGCGGAUCGCACGCCUGCGCACGCUCAUCCACGUGCACGGCGCAGGGGAGGGGCUUGAGGAGGAGCGGCAGCGUGGGGGAGAGUUUACAGGUCCGGUCGCCAUAGAAACCGGAGUCAAAGUCCAAGUGUCUGUGGAUCACACUGACAGACAGGUCAGGACUCACCCAUGCAGCAAUGACAGUGCAGAGAGAGCGAUGACAGCCUGCAGCGACUGUCUCCGUCCACCUGGAGACGGCAGCAGCACCUCUGCUGGACAGAGGAACUUUCUGAGUUUCCCGUCUUUCUCCAUCCGAGAUCUGCUCAAGUCGAAGGAGCCUCACAACCCCGUCAGCCUGAGUGUCAUCAUCACACUCGCAUUCGUCUGUAACAACCAGCUCCUGAAGACUGCUUGAGGUUGCCAUUGGACUGUCAACAAUUUCUAAACAAUGCAGGGUCUAGCUCUGAUUGGCUGUUGCUAGGAUAUCCGUAACCACAGGAGGAAGUGAGAGGUUAGCUU